AUGCCCAGGGAAAUCAUCACAAUCCAGGCGGGCCAAUGCGGCAAUAGCAUUGGAAGUGAGUUCUGGCAGCAGCUGUGCCAGGAACAUGGCAUCAACCAAGAUGGCAAUCUUGAGGACUUUGCGAAAGAAGGCGGUGACCGGAAAGAUGUCUUCUUCUACCAGAGCGACGACACGAGAUACAUCCCCAGAGCCAUCCUGAUAGAUCUCGAGCCCCGAGUCCUCAACGGCAUACAGACCGGUCCUUACAAAAACAUUUACAACCCAGAGAACUUCUUCAUCGGAAAGAGCGGCAUAGGAGCCGGGAACAACUGGGGUGAUGGCUAUCAGUCGGGAGAAGCCGUGCAUGAGGAGAUCAUGGAGAUGAUCGAACGGGAAGCGGAUGGCAGUGACUCCCUUGAGGGCUUUAUGCUGCUCCAUUCCAUCGCGGGAGGUACAGGUUCGGGGCUUGGAUCUUUUCUCCUGGAACGAAUGAACGACCGAUUCCCCAAGAAGAUCAUCCAAACAUACUCCGUUUUUCCCGAUACGUCGAACGACAAUGUUGUUGUGCACCCAUACAACAGUCUUCUCUCGAUGAGACGACUUACACAAAACGCCGACUCGGUGGUGGUUCUUGACAAUGGAGCCUUAUCCCACAUUGCCGCCGACAGACUCCACGUCCAACAAGCUUCGUUUCAACAGACAAACCAGCUAGUAUCGACGGUCAUGUCAGCGAGCACGACGACAUUACGAUACCCGGGCUACAUGCACAACGAUCUUGUCAGCAUCCUGGCUUCUUUGAUCCCGACACCGCGAUGUCAUUUCCUGAUGACUUCAUAUACUCCAUUUACUGGCGACCAAGUCGAGCAGGCCAAGACGGUGCGGAAAACGACGGUGCUGGAUGUUAUGCGACGAUUGCUGCAGCCCAAGAACCGCAUGGUCUCAACGGUGCCUGGCAAGAAAAGUUGUUAUAUCUCGAUCCUUAAUGUCAUUCAAGGCGAGGUUGAUCCGACAGAUGUUCACAAGAGUCUUCUACGUAUUCGGGAACGGAAACUGGCGACUUUCAUCCCAUGGGGCCCUGCCAGCAUACAAGUUGCUCUGACAAAGCGCAGCCCAUAUGUCCCCAUGAGUCAUCGUGUUAGUGGGCUGAUGUUGGCAAACCAUACCAGCAUCGCGACGCUGUUCAAACGCAUCGUCAGACAAUACGAUGGCAUGAGAAAGCGAAAUGCCUUUAUGGACGGGUAUAAGAAGACGGCCCCCUUCUCGGAGAACUUGCACGAGUUCGACGAAGCCCGAGAGGUGGUGACGGAUAUGAUAGCCGAGUACGAGGCAGCGGAGGAUGCCAACUAUCUGAAUCCAGACGAGGGCAACAAUGUCACGUCGGGGGAGACGGACAAGAGGAUGGGAUGA